AUGUUGGUGCACCUUCUGCAUUGGGAUACAUACCGCAACCUAAUUCAACGGCGCAAAGUAGUCGAAGACCGACUCAACCAAGGCCGAUCCAGGCCCGUCCCAGACCGAAUCUCAAAAGCAAGCCUGGAAGCACAACUCAUAUGGACCUAUCUUGGUUGCGAGCCUCCACUGCACUUCCGUCGCACACUAGAUCAAUAUGGGUAUCCCAACCUGCGCUCGACUAUCGCUCGGGACGACGAUCAGAUACUCUGGAAACGCACGCGCAGACCAGUCCGCAUUGACGAGCAGCUAAAGGAGUAUCUGAAGUCUGCACAGGAUGAUCCCGAGAACGAGGAUAACAGUGGCGAGUUUAUGGAUGGUAAUGUUCUGAUGGUUGAUCAACUCUGGCUUUGGAUUCUCGAUCAGAAGACUGUGAUUACGUUCUUCCCGAAUCAGGAGGCUACUACCUCCGAGGGAAAGCUUUUUGAACAGUCCAAUUUGCACAGCAGCAUCUAUAACGAGUUAAAUGGGGAUCUCUCGCGUCGCUUUGAGACCGCCGGUGACUUGGCUGCUCUCAUUAUGCUGCAUGCUGUCACUGUUCUCCUGGAUAAGACUCUGCAUCAAGAUCUGCAAGUACUGCGCAUUUUUGAGGAGUCAAUCAGUAUUUUGAGCGAAUCUGUCACCAAGUCUUUCAGGCGCUUCCGAAAUAGAGGCUUCACCAACCGCCCAGCGGAUCAUGACCGUGACUCAGAUGGCAAGAUCAUGACAGCCGCCCAGCAAGAAGAUAAAGAAUUCCGGGAUGCUCGUCGAAACCGAGAAGAUCUCUCCGUUCUACUCGAGCUACGUGACAUCGAAAACGAGCUCUCCAUCAUCCUAAAAUUGCUCGAUCAACAAGAUACCGUUAUCAAAAGUAUGGUCAAAUAUUUUGACCUCGGGAAACAUGGGAAAUCAUUCCUCGACACAGCACAGGAGCGCACUGACGAAUAUCGUUCGCAAAUCAACGAGAUGAAAGAAAAUAGCCAUCUAACACAGAAAGCAGUCGAAACCCUCCUCGAUCUUAAACAAAAGCAGGCAAAUGUCGACGAAGCCAAAAUGACUCGAUGGCAAGCUGAAGUCGCUCAAACGCAAUCCCGAGCAGUGAUGGUCUUUACCGUUUUCAGUGUUGUCUUCCUUCCUCUAUCUUUCUUCACCUCCCUGUUUGGAAUCAACGCCCGAGAAUGGAGCGGCGAACAAGCAAACCCAACCCUGGGAGACAUGUUCGAGAUCGCAGCCCCGGCAUCCUUCGCAAUAAUCUCCCUCUCCCUCGUCUUAGCCUUCAGCAACACGCUACGCGAGAUAGUAUCCAAAACGCACAAGGUUGGUUCGGGCCUUCUGAAGGAUUUCAUCUUGCAUCCGCUUAAAUCAUUAUGGUGGGAUUCUGCUAUGAGUAGGACUCAUGCUCACGUUGCGCCUGAGGAUUCUGAGCUUAAGAACCGCUUCGGUGAGUACCUCGGUCUUGGAAGGAGAAAUGUGCAGCGUGAUGAGGAUAUAUGGCAGCGGUUGCAGGGAGGUCAGAUUUCUGGGGGGAAGGGGUGUCGGAAGGGGAAAUAUCAGGUGAGUUCUGGAUUGGAUUGGAGAAGUCGUGCACAGGUUUAA